AUGGCUGAGGAGUUCGAUGAUGCAGACUUCAUCGCAGCCGCUGCCGCGGUCGAAGGAGUUGGCAAUGCUCAGCGAUCCUCUGGCACCGGCGGACCCUCCACCAAAGUGGUGCAGCCAAAACCGCAGGCAUUGCCCCAGCGGCAAGGCCCCUCGGCGAUCCUCGUCUCAACGCGUCAGAAGGGCAAUCCGAUCCUAGGCUAUGUCAAGUCGCUUCCAUGGGAAUACUCAGAUAUUCCUUGCGACUAUGUGCUCGGGACGACCACGUGCGCGCUGUUCUUGUCGCUGAAAUACCACCGCUUACAUCCCGAGUACAUCUACAGUCGACUGCGCCAGCUUGGGAAGCUCUACAAUCUGAGAAUCUUGCUGACCAUGGUAGACAUCGACAAUCAUGAAGAAGCACUCAAGGAGCUCUCCAAGACCUCGAUGAUUAACAACCUGACGCUGAUCUUGUGCUGGUCAGCUCAGGAGGCAGGCCGGUACCUCGAGCUAUUCAAAUCUUACGAGCACGCCUCCCCGACCUCAAUUCGAGCGCAUCAGGCCGAAACAUACGAGGAGAGUCUAAUCGAGUUCGUCACUACCCCACGAAAUAUCAACAAGACUGAUGCCACGAGCUUGAUCGGCAAUUUUGGAUCCUUAAGAGCAGCAGUCAACGCAGAACCCGAAGAACUGGCAAUGGUACCUGGCUGGGGCGAAAAGAAAGUCAAGGCAUGGUGCUCGUCUGUUCGUGAACCGUUUCGCGUGAAGAGGGCAGGCAGAACCAACAUCGCUAUGUACCGGCAAGAGAGCAGCAUGACGGCGGAUGGCAGAGAUAGCAGCACAGAGUCGAGUCGCGCCGCAACGCCGAUAGCAACCGCUGUGCCCAUCUCUACCGUUCCCGGAUCCAGCAGGGCAUCAGCAACUCCAGGCUUGUCUCGAGAAAGUACUCGUCCCGAGAACAGCCACAAGCGGCCUAGAAUGCAGGAGAUCACGGCCGACGAUGUUGACGAUGAUGAUGCUGAGGCCUUGGCUGCUCUGGCGUCCGCUGAAGAACGUCCAUCUCAAGAUAGUCGGCCGCAAGCUGCCCCUGCAAGCCGUGAAGCACGAAAGGACCCUGAGCUUGCCAGCGGUAUUGCUGCGGCCCUGGCAAAGUUACGCGAGAGCACAUGA